GCUCUACAUGUGAGUAUAGAAAUUUUAAAUAGGGAUCUAUUUAUUUUUAAUAUGUUAGACUAGAUAAUGCAAGAAUUGGUGGUUCCUCCCCCCCCCAUCCCUUACAUCAUCCACACAACUCAACGUGAGCAAGUAGAUUUUAAUCCAAUCUAUUUGUAACCUUCCCCUCCACUCCACUGGUUAACUCAAACACGUCUAGUAUGGACGAAGGGUCACAACAAUAUCCAUACCCUUCUCAUGUGAACACGGGAAGCUUUCUGUCCAUAAAGUUGUCCGGUAAGCCUAACUAUAUGCAAUGGCAGGAACAGAUGUUGUGCCUGGUGGACAGCCAUGAUAUGCUUGGUUUUAUUGAUGGCACAUUAAAGAAACCCAAGGAGAAUAAUGCUUCGAAAACGAAGGCAAACAUGCCUGCUUUUGCCGCCAAGUAUAGGGAAUGGAAACGGUCGGACACCCUAGUGAAGGGAUGGAUCUUUGGUUCAUUGAGUGAAGAUGUGAUGGGAACUGUUGUUGGUCUUCAAACAGCUCGUGACGUUUGGAAUAAGCUAAAGGUAAAUUAUAGGACUUUACCUGUAAGCGCCUCCAUCGUAGCCAAAAGUACCAAAGAUGUGGAAGAGUACAUGCCACUAUAUAGAGCUAUUCAAGUGGGAGACUGGGAGACAACUCUAGAUUUUUUCAACAACAAAAAAAGUGCAUUAACCGACAAACUCAACGUUUAUGGACACCGAGCAAUUCAUAUUGCAAUUGGUAAUCCUGAAAAUACGUCGUUUCUUGAGAAACUCCUGGAGAAGAUAACCCCAGAGUUACUUCCAACACUAGUGAAUGAUAGAAAGCAAAACGCGAUGCACUAUGCUGCAGGUCUUGACAACUACGUAGCUGCAAAGAUGUUGGUCGCGAAAAACCCAGUUUUGUUAUUCAUGGUCUCCAAAAAUAAACACUUGCCUAUCCAGCAAGCUGUACAUCAUUCUCACAAAACCACCUUUCGCUACUUGCUUGAAAUGUGUAAACAUUAUAUUCAGUUCAGCGAAAAGGAAGGAUGUCACAGCCCCUUUAAGGGGGAGAAAGGUGUUAGGCUUCUAAACGAUACAAUCUUGGCAGGGUUUCUGGAUGAUGCAUAUAACUUGCUCCAGGACUACCCUGAACUGGCUAGAACAACUGUUGCUAAUUUGAAGGUUCCAUUAUGGUGUAUUGCAAACAAGCGGGAUGCAUAUCCGAGUGCCAAACAAUAUAAUUUUUACCAAAGAUUUGUUUAUUCUUAUGUGCCAACAGAGAAACGCUUAAACCAUGCAAAUAAGAAUGCGGAUAUCGAGAACCAAGAGACACAUAGGGCCAAUCCGGUCACCAAAUGCACGAAGAGCUACGCCUACUCUGUGAUGAAGAGAUUAUUGUCAAAUUUUGGAAAGUUGCACUACUACAUGUUGUCAGCAGUGCCGCAUAUCAAGUGUCUCCAAAAAGACAAAGUGGAACACAAUACAACACUUAUGAUACUUAAGUUUAUAACACAGGAAGUAUGUACAUCAAAUUGUAAUCAUUUUGAACAUUGUUAUGAAGCAUUUAUAACGGCGCUGAAAAAUGAUACACCGGAGGUAAUAAAGCAGAUCACAACAACUUUUCCACACUCAGUUUGGUACAGAACCAUUGAUGGUUAUACACUCCCCCAAGUUUCAAUAAUGAACCGUUGUGAGAAUAUUUACAACUUUUUUGUGCAUGAGGUGACUCAUAACAAGUGUUUCCAUACUUUAAUUGUUGACCAAGAUGAAAAUAACCUUUUGCACUUGGCUGGACAAUUGGCGCCUACACACAAACUCAACAUGGUUACUGGUGCAGCCCUACAAAUGCAAAUGGAAUUGCAGUGGUUUCAGGACGUAGGCAAAUUAGUGCGACCUAAGGAAAGGGAGGCUGUGAACAAAAACAAAGAAACGCCAUUAAUGGUAUUUAGAAGAGAACACAAGUAUUUGAGAAAAGAAGGAGAAGUGUGGUUGAAAAAGACUGCAGAUUCAUACACAAUCACGGCUGCCCUAAUUAUCACAAUAGUUUUUGCAGCGGCUAUUACUGUACCGGGUGGAAACAAAGAGGAUACUGGGUAUCCAACUUUUGCAACCAAGUUGGGCUUCAAAAUAUCUAUUGUCUCUGAUGCAAUCUCAUUGUUCACAUCCACCACUGCCUUGUUAUUGUUUUUAUCCAUUCUCACAGCACACUAUGCUGAAGAGGAUUUUCUCUACAAGUUACCUAAGAGAUUGAUACUAGGCCUUGUGAUGCUAUUUAUGUCGGUGACAACCAUGUUGAUUGCCUUUAGUGCAACAUUAUAUAUUAUGCUUGGGCAAGAUAAAUCGUGGAUACUUAUCAUAAUUGCCACAAUAACAUGUCUUCCAAUUGCUUCAUUCAUGACAUUGCAGUUACCAUUGCUUGUUGAUCUCAUCUCUUCAACAUAUGGUCGUGGAAUAUUUGGUAAACGAAGUGACCUUAGGAUAGCAUGAUAAGAGAGCAUAAAUUGUUGCAAUUUCUUGUAUACAUUUUGUAAUAAAUAACAAUAAGACAAGAUAUUCAAUUUCUUUUAUAAGGCUUAACCUUUUGUA